AAGCCGACUACUGUCAGCGCCAGGUCCUUGUCAUUAAAGCCUCUGCACGGAGAACAGCGCUGGUUUACCUCGCUGCGAAAUAAAGUAACACGUUUAAUUAAAUACUUUAGCUGAUGGUCGCUCAGGUGCUCCAUUUUAUUCCGCUUUUUAAAUGUUCCGAACAAGUGUUUAGGACGGUUCCGUCAUGCCGGUCGACCUGGCGAUGCCGCUUUAUCUGUUGAGUGAUGACUUCCAGAGCAGGAUGUCUGGGAAGUGUAAGACACCUCUGCGUCCAUGUCUGCACACGCGUACGGUCACUCAGUUCGGCUUCCGCUCUCCUCUGCAGCAGCCUGAGUCUCUGGAGCGGGAACAUGGCAAGGCCAAAAAGCAGGUGUCCUUCGCCGACCACAAGGGCCUGGCCCUCGCCGUGGUGAAGAUUUUCUCCGAGUUCGAUGACCCCAUCGAUAUCCCGCUCAGCAUCCGGCAGCUUUUCACUUCGGCGCUCGAGGUCUCCGAGGAGGACGACAAGCUGGUGCUGGACUUCAAGCAGCCGAGCGCGGAUUACCUGCAGUUUCGUCAGCGGCUAGAGCGAGACUCGGUCUGCCUCGAGCACUGUGUCCUGAAGGACAGAGCCAUUGCGGGGACCGUCAAGGUCAAAAACCUGUCCUACGAAAAAGCAGUGAAGGUGCGCAUCACGUUCGACACGUGGAAGGGCCACACCGACGUCGACUGCCAGUAUGUCAGGGACACGUACCUGGGCUCUGAAUGGGACACCUUUUCGUUCGAGGUGAAUUUACCAGCCUGGGUGGAGCCACACGAGCGUGUCGAGUUCGCUGUGUUUUACGUGGCCGAUGGGAACACGUACUGGGACAGCAACCAGGGCCAGAACUAUAAAAUCACCCACUCUGCUCUGAAGAAGAAGAGCACGGGACACGACGCGAGCAUUGGACAUCAGCACGGCGGUGACCGGUACGCUUACUUUGACCGAUUCGGCAGCCCAAGGUGCUCGAACGGCAUUUUCCCCGAGUGGCCGAGCUACACCGGGUACGAGGACCUCGGCCCGUAUUACUGACUCAUGGGUCAUGUGACAUCCCAUCUAGCCUAGAUCUGUGAGGAAUACGAAACCAGGACAUGAGCUUUUACAUUAAAGGAAUAUUUUGUCCAAAAUAUUCAAUCUACACAGUGUUUCUUUUUUUUUUUUUUCCUUCCUAAUGUAGUCAGUCAGUGAGGAUGUGUUUCCUGUUUGCUGUAAGUUUGCGUCUGUAGUUUUGAACCGGAACUAUGAGAUUUAAAAAAAAACAAAAAAAAAAAUGGAAGCAAAUGGCCACUUGUUUAGCAUCACGACACCUACACGCCUCUACUGCAUUAUUUCUGACUGCAUGCCACAUGUUUUUAUUUUAUGAACCUGUCCUUAGACAGAAGACACGCACUUUGCACACCGCUAAACCGUUAUCCAUAAGCUUCCCUUUACUCUUAUCUACACUGACCUCAUAAACGCAAACGCCGAACAUGUCUCAACCGAUCCCCGAUCAUUUCAGGGGAAAAAUAUAAUAGUUUAUUUUGUUUACACCAACCGGUGCAAUAGCGAUCUGUAACAUCUGGAUAAACGAAUUCUUCCGUGUUCGACUUGAAACGUGUCUGUGAUUUCGAAUGGGACGGAGUUUAGUUUGCUGCUGCCUUUAACGAGCGCUUGAACAACAAGGCGGACCGUUCAGUCACGCGUCCGCUGGAACGUGGGUCCACGUGUGCACCGCUCUCUAACAGAACAGCGCACGCACGGGAUAAUGAAUUGAACGCAUUAGUUUCUCACACCGGAAGAUGUUUUGUAAAUCCCGACCUGUCAGUAAACACCAGCUUUUAUCUUCAACCAAAGAUCAGAACCGUCCGAAUGUAAAGAUACGAUCGAUAAGGUUGUAAUGUUCAAAGUGUCCGUAAUUGGAAAGAACGCCAUGUUUCUAUGUUCGUUUGUGUAAUCGAUUCGGUUUCUUAACAGAGCAGGAAUACAGAUGUUACUGACUUCUUAUACAAAGUGUUAUGUUAUGUUAUGUUAUGUUAUGUAAUGGAAAUGGACUCUUGGGUCUGUGUUGUGUAACGUGUUUAUUUAAUUCAAAAGAAAGCCAGUCAUCUUUAAGUGCAAAAUCUGAUUUUAAGCAUUAACCUACAGCAUCAUCCCUUUCAAGAAAAUAUUUCACUUUUACUGGGAUCUCGGAAGCAGUGUUUUUACACCACAGGUUUGUAUUUUAAUCAGGUUUUUGUCCCUUUAUUUGGGUGAAUAUUCGUUUGAUUUUUAUUAAUUUUUUUCCCCCCUCAUUUUUAUUUUUUGAGCACCUCACGUUGUGAAAUUUGUUUUUGUAAAUGGUUUUGGGAUGUUCCGUUAAUGCUUUUCUUUUUUUUUUUAAAUUGUUUUAAUUCACUGCUGUUGAAUAAAGGAUUGUGUUUCUACAAUAA